CUAGCGGCCACCAGUUCGCCGCCGACGAGCGCCAAGUGCGCACCCGCGACGUGAUGCCUCCUCUCUAAUCUCUCUUGGUCCCUCACGAGUCGCGGACGUCGCGGUGGCCCCCUUUAUUUCCUCGCGAUCUUCAGCAGAACCGCAAUUCUCGCGAUCCUCGUAAUCGAUCUCCCGCACAAAGCUGAAUCGCUCCGACGCAAUCCGUCUCGAUUCCGUGGCGUCCUCAAAUCUCGGGAAGAUCUCGAGGGGGACGUCGGAAUUUUUUUGAAGAACUCUGAAUAGCCGCAGUGCUUGAGAAGCGACGGCUCUACGAGUCGCAAAAAGAUUUUGAAAUUGCAAAUAAAAGAAAGCACGUGGACUAGAAACACUGACAGUUACAAGUAGAAUAUCAAGACAGAAGAAAUUUUUCAUCAUCAGAAUCGAUAUAAAAUUGCACACACAUCUGUCAUUUUGAUAUUUAUCAGACGUUAAGAAUUAAAAAAAGCAAUUUUUAGUGAUUUGUGAAAGCUACGUACAUUUAAUAACUGCCAGUUUUUACAUCCAUUUUCGGAGCGGUGCUAAAGUCAUUUGCGAAACAGUAAAAUUUUAGAAGAAGAUUGCCGAUAGUCUCUAUUUGAUUAAUUUAAUCUCGAAGAGUGGAGUAAACAUUCAAUUUUACUCCAAAGUGUUCCCAAACAGAGAAAACAAAAUUGAGAAUUAAGUUGCAUUAAAUAACGCGAAAGAGCCGCGAACGUCGAUAUUUAUUAUCGUUGACCGCUAACGAAGAGACUCCAGAGUCUCCAGAUUGAUUCUUCAAAUUAACUCGCCACUCCAGCCAGUUGAUUUCGUGAAUCACACAGCCGGAAGGGACUCCGUUGACUCGCGUGUAUCAAUCAAAUUCUCUUCGACGAUUCGACGCGACGACGCGGAAACGGUGAGCGUAUAGUGUGCCCGAGUGAAAAAUGGUUUUGCGCGAAAAGAAGGAAGAUAACAAGUGCGCUAGUUAUGGUUGACAAAGUAUGUUACACGGUACGACAAGCAAAAACUUCUGGAAGUAUGAGUGACAACGUGCUCGCGAACGCGUCGUUCUCGAGAAGAAACUGGCACGGUGCUUCUGAAUGGAUAAAAGAUGACGGUCUCUUAUCAAUACGAGGUCGCCAGUUCCACCAGCGGUGGAUUCACCAGGCUCCUGCUUAUGUGGCGCGGUUCCCUUUACAAGCUCAUUUACAGGGAACUGCUGCUCUAUCUGCUUCUCUUCGGUAUUUUGUCCGCGCUCUAUCGCCAUGCCUUCACUGUCGCGCAAAAAAGAGAAUUCGAGCAAGUUGUCAUUUACUGCGACAGCUUGAUCAAACUGAUCCCGCUGAGUUUCGUGCUUGGAUUUUAUGUGUCCUACGUGGCGCAAAGAUGGUGGAAGCAAUACACAGCGAUACCGUGGCCCGACAAAGUGAUGCAUCUCGUGGCACUCUACGUCACUGGAAACGACGAUUACAGUCGGAUGCUGCGCAGAGCCCUGAUGCGUUACUUAAACCUCUCGCUGAUACUCGUGCUACGUUCCAUAAGCUCGGCGGUGAAGAGACGAUUUCCCACUCUCGAUCACGUCGUUGAUUCUGGCUUCAUGACCGCGCUGGAACUCCAGUUAUAUCAGUCGGUGCCAAGUAGCGAGUUUAACACCUAUUGGAUACCGUGCACAUGGUUCAUUAAUCUCCUCAAGGAGGCACGCAAGACCCAUCGGAUAUCCGAUGCGCAAGGUUUAAAGCUAAUAAUGGAGGAAUUCAAUGAGUUUCGGACGAAGUGUGGACUCUUGUGGAGCUACGACUGGGUGUCGAUCCCUUUGGUGUACACUCAAGUGGUGACACUCGCCACUUACAGUUUCUUCGCGGUCACCUUGAUCGGCCGACAAUAUAUCGAUGUCGCCGAGAGACAAUAUAUCGAGAAGCAGCAAUUCCAAUUAAAGAUAGACAAAUACGUGCCCAUCUUUACGAUUCUGCAGUUCUUCUUCUUUAUGGGGCUGUUGAAGGUAGCCGAACAGUUGAUAAAUCCUUUCGGUGACGACGAUGAGGAUUUCGAGCUGAACUGGCUGAUCGAUCGUCAUACCAAGGUAUCGUACCUCGGAGUCGACACGCUGAUGAACCGCUGUCCGCCGCUCGUCAAAGACAUCUACUACGACUCCGAAAACGUGAGUCUGCCGUAUACGGAAGCGGCCGCAGCGUACAAGAAGAAGACCUAUCGCGGUAGCGUAGCGAAUAUGACGGUACCCGAAGAAAAACAGAUGAUGUUCUUGCCCGGAAUUUUGGAAGAGGAGGAAGAACGUACGACAAUUCUGACACCUCGCACUUCCACCGUCAGUUUAGCGAACCCGAACGACAGUCCGAUGAAUGAAAGGCGCCAGAUCAGCGGGUCCCCUUCAACAUCUGCGAAGAUGGCUCGCAAUUGUUCCGAAACGGUUGUGCAGCUGGAUGGUCAAGAGCAGCCACCGCCCGAAGUGCAGCAGCGACGGGUAAUCGAGGCUGUACGGAAGUUCUCCUCCUUGAAGAGUUCGACAUCUCGCGCCGGAAAGUCCUUUUUCACGGGUCUGACAAGACCGCCCAGAUCGACGUUGCCUCCUUGGCCAAGCGCAACGAACAUUUCGCGCCCCGUUCAGACCUCGUCGAAUCCGACGCAAAUUCCCACGUCGGCCAUUGUCGAGACCGGAGGCCUCUGGAGGAAGGACUCGUACGGUUCGAGGAAGAACCAGCAUCGUCGGUCUUCCGUGGAGGAUUCCGAAGGACGACCCAGCGUCUCGUCGCAGGGCGAGAAGAGCCAGGAAGGUGUCGUGAACUCGGCGUUCGCCGAGGAGAGGAUAGCCGAGGUGCCGGACAUCUGCGACUGCGAUGACACUGAGGAAGGUGACGAUGGCUCGUGGUCCAGGUCUUCACAAACGUACGGGCAGGUCGUCUGUCAGCAAUCAUUGACCCGAGAGACGAUCGAUAUGUCCGUGAUCAGCGGCGAACCGAGUAGUUCGAGGAUCGACAGUUCUCCGAAGUACCUGAUGACCAGUCGACCGAGAAACCGGUCGACAAGCGAUUCCAGGAAAAAGGGUAUUCAGUGGCGGUCGAGAUUAUCCGGCAGACCGUUGAAGUUCCGCAGAAGAACCACCGACAGUAUACCCUCGGUGGCCAAGGUCCUGAGUCAGGCCUGGAGCUCGCCGAAUCUGAGGAUCUUGGAAGAGCAGGCGAAGACUGCGCAAAUAAGUGUCACAGUUAAUCCUCCUUGUAAGCAGGAAGAUUCUAAGUUAUAAAUAAUUGUAAUAUAUUUGGGCGAUGUUUCUUUCUCUGUAUCGAAAUAGAGAGAUGUAAACUUAACAAUCUUAAAGAAAUCUUACUAGCGAGAUUCUUUUGUAGAAAAAUUAUAUGUCUCCUGAACUAUUUUCGAUUACUAUAAUUAUUCAAAAAUUUAUUUGAAGUAGUAAUAUAAUUGACAAUGAUAUUCGUUGGUUUUUGACUAGCGACAUAAAAUGUUUUGCCUAUAUUGGUUUAAUUUAAUUAUGAUUGUGAUUGUGUGAGCAAGUAUCAGCGCGCACUUGUGGUCGUUAUGUUUAUGUAAAUAUUGUAAAUAUUAUAAUAAAUAUAAAAUGUAUCAUAGAAAUAAAACAAUUAUGUAAUUAUUUAUUUUUGGAA